AUCACAUGAUGUUUUUACAUCAGAGCUCAGACUAGUCUCACUUCUCAGGAAGUGAGACUCAGACAGUCAUUGUCACUGAGCGAGAGGUGAGAUGGCGCAGAGAGGAGUUCAGCUGGACCGGGAAACCUUCUCUUGUUCCAUCUGUCUGGAUCCACUAAAGGAUCCGGUGACUACUCCCUGUGGACACAGCUACUGCAUGAACUGUAUUAAAAGCCACUGGGAUGGAGAGGAUGGUGAGUCCAGCUACAGCUGUCCUCAGUGCAGGAAGACGUUCACACCGAGGCCUGUCCUGCUGAAAAACACCAUGUUAGCAGAUUUAGUGGAGGAGCUGAAGAAGACUGGACUCCAAGCUGCUCCUGCUAAUCACUGCAAUGCUGGAGCUGAAGAUGUGGCCUGUGAUGUCUGCACCGGGAGGAAACUCAAAGCCAUCAAGUCCUGUCUGCAAUUCCACAAGACAGUACUGGACUGCAGGCAGCAGGAUGAACUUUGUAAGAGCAGCUGGAGGAGGGAGGGGGCAUCGAGUUCUGCUUCAUUCCUGUACGAGGAGCAGUUUCAGAGAGAGAGACUGGGUGUGUUGACAGGGCUCACUCAUAUACGCGACUCUCACCGCUCGUUUUCCUUCUGCAGCCACACUGUCACUGAUUUAGGGAACCUGAACGCUACUCUCACAGCGGCCGUGUCAGAGCUCAGAGAUAAACUACAGGACGUCCUGAGAGAGGAGAGGACAACCGUCUCACUGACGGGGACUGAAGUGGACGUUUUACUGCUACAACAUGAGCCCAAGACCAGAGCUGGAUUCUUACAAUAUUCACGUGAAAUCACACUGGAUCCAAACACAGCAAACACCUGGCUGUUAUUAUCUGAGGGGAACAGGAAAGCAACGUUCAUGAGACAACAACAGUCUUAUUCUAGUCACCAAGACAGAUUUACUGACUGGCCUCAGGUCCUGAGUAGAGAGAGUCUGACUGGACGUUGUUACUGGGAGGUGGAGAUAAGAGGAGAACUUUAUGUAGCAGUCGCAUACAAGAACAUCAGCAGAGCGGGGGGGUCGGGUAAAUGUAGAUUUGGACGAAAUGACAAAUCUUGGGCGUUAGAGUGUAACAACAACGGUUAUACAUUUUUGUCCAACAAUGUCCAAACUCCCGUCUCAGGUCCUGAGUCCUCCAGAGUAGGAGUGUACCUGGAUCACAGUGCAGGUAUUCUGUCCUUCUACAGCGUCUCUGAAACCAUGACUCUCCUCCACAGAGUCCAGACCACGUUCACUCAGCCCCUCUAUGCAGGACUAAGAUAUCAUUGUUAUUGGUCUUGGUUUUCUGGAGACUCUGCUGAGUUGUGUAUAUUGAAAUAGACAGAAGUCAUUUAAGAGUUAAAUUCUGAGUUUUAACUCUUCGUCUUAUUUA